GCUUCAGUCGGUCAUUGAAGGUUUCCAGAAAAUGUCGAGUGCAACGCUGAUCGCUUUGUGUGUCUUGGUUGUUUUGACCGGACAAUCGGUUGGCCAAAAUGUAGACGUAAUGCAGGCUGUUGAGUUGGCCAAUGAACAGUUCAAAACCGCUCAAGUUGUCGCCCGAGAAAAACUACCAACCAAUGCUGCCGCUCAGAAUGAUGCCCAAGAUCAACUGGACACCUUGAAAAUGGCCUUAUCUCAUUGCGAAACUGAGCUAAGGUCCACCCUAAAUGUCACCGCUCAUAAGACUUGUGUUAAUGUCGUCUUUGCUGUAUUUUAUACCACUCUGGAUCGUUUGGCCGGGGAGCAUUGGGCCAUCUAUGGAGCCACCUCAGGGGCAUCUCGUAUCGGCUUGUUCUGGUGAUUUAGAAAUACCCAAACAGUGGAAAUCUCAUUUUUUUAAUUUUUUGCUUGGUUUCAAUAAUUUUAUUUUGAUUUUUUUAAGGUUGUAUGGGGUUUUUAUAGAAAAGUUUAGCUUUAAUAAAAUGUAUAAUGUAAAAUCAUUGGACUAAUAGGCUUAAAAAAAUUCAAAGACAAAUAUCUUUUGAUGGAUAUUUUAAUUUGAAACAGUAGGGUUUUUUAGAUCUUGGAAGAACAGAUGUUUAUGGAUCAACUUUGUUCCAUUUGUCAAACUUUAAAGCAGAAACCACAAAAAUACAGAAUUAUUAAAGUCAUGGUCUGCAUAAAA